AGUCACCUUCCUUUCAGGAAAACUGGGUUGGUCGCUGACAUCAAUUAACAACCUUACCUCUCGUAUAAAACACAGAAUUCGGAACAUGUACUGACAUUAUUGUCUAUCAGAUCAGCUGGUUUUGUAAAAUCAUUGACUGAUGAUGUUGAUGUUACAUAUCCUUUGUUUGCUAUGUACACUGAAUCUGGUGGUCGGAUGGAGAUGGGUUAACCAGUAUGAUAAACCCGUCGAUUUUUCGUGUCCACAUGGACAGGCGAUUUCUUUCAUCCACAGUGUACAUCACAACCAUUUUGAAGAUCGUAGAUGGGGUUUAGGAUGUAGACCUACUGGUGGACGACACAUCAACUGUUACUGGACACCUCAUUACGUGAAUGACUGGGAUAGAUUCUUCAGCUUUGAAUGCAACAAUUAUGGAUUUAUCACUGGUAUGAAGAGCAUCCAUCAGAACCACUAUGAGGACAGAAGGUUUAGGUUUAAAUGUUGCUCAAUUGCUGGAAAAGAUCUUAGUCAAUGUUAUAAAACCUUCAGGAAUGAAUACGACAAACCAAAUACAGUCAGUGUACCAUAUGGUUCCGUGGUUAGAGGUGUUUCCAGUACACACAACAACCACUACGAAGAUCGACGAUUCAGUUGGGAAGUAUGCAAGUUGGUGAAUCGUCAACAGUUUUCCAUAAUUUGAGGAUUUCGAGAGUUUGAAAACCCCAAUAUUAUAUUUCAUGAGAAAUAAAGUUUUGAUUAGUUGAA